GCUAGAUGCCUCUCUGGCUCUCAGUUUCUGCCUCUCUCCCUGGCUUUGAUGGUACUCUUAUCUCCUCUCUGUAUUUCCCUGCUUCUCCUAGAUGAUUCAUUUCUAGGCAACGUGCUGGCUGCCUGUCUGCUACUGGAGCUGGGAACAGGGAGCGUUCUGUUAUCCAGCACUGCUUCCCACCAGACAGCUCUCUCUCAUACCAAGGCAUCUUAAACUGCACGCUCAACCUGUUUGAGGAUAAAGCUCUGACUUCAUCUGGAUGCUAGCAGGAUUCCCUCUAUAUCCUAGUGUAUAUCCAACGGGAAGCUCAGAAUUCACAGAGCAGCUCCUUACUUUUGCAGCUGGAUGCUAAUGUAUUCCCAGGCACAUUUGUCACCCAUUGCUCAAUAGGAGAGGAUGCAUGCAGAAAAGGCAGCAUACAGCCAGCAAGCCUGUAUGUUCUUUGUCCCCGAUAAUCUAAAAGGUUUUCUGUGAGCUACAUCUGCACUAGGAUCCUGAAGGAUUAUUGUCAUUUUCUGCAGUUUGUCUGCUCUAGUAUAUGCGGCUAGAUGGAGGAUUUUCACUGCUGCAUGUGAGAUCAUUUUGAUGCACAGCUCUGGAUGCUUAAUGGGUAUUUUAGUCAAAUAGGAUCAAAUAUAUUGUUUGGAUGCUCCAAGGAAAUUAUUCAUAUUCCACUGAGACUUUUGCUUGUUUGUAUUUCCCUGGUUUCUAACCCCAAUGCCUCCAUCUUUAACCUCAUAGAAACACUGGAAUUAAACUCUUGUGAGAUCUGUCUAACUAUCCACGCUGCUCCUGCUCCUCUCUAUGAAGAUCUGAUUUGUGGUCAACAGUCAUUGAGAAGAUGGACAUUUUGCAUGCUAUGAUCUGUCUGUCCGUCUUCUGGGCUUUAUCCUGGGACAGAACAAGAGCAGACUCCAGAUCAGACUCAAUCAUCCACAUUGGGGCAAUUUUUGAUGACUCUGCUAGGAAAGAUUAUGAAGUGUUUCGCAUGGCAGUCGACGACCUGAAUUUAAAUGAAGAUAUUUUGCAAACUGAAAAGAUCACAUUUACUGAAAAAUUUGUGGAUGGUAAUAAUCCUUUUGUGGCUGUCCAGGAAGCUUGUGACCUUAUGAACCAAGGCAUAUUGGCCCUUGUCAGCUCGAUCGGAUGUGCAUCAGCAGGGUCUUUGCAAGCGUUGGCAGAUGCUAUGCAUAUUCCUCAUCUUUUCAUGCAACGAUCCACAGCGAGGACGCCAAGAAGUAGUUGUGGGCUCAACAGGAGCAAAAGGAUUGAUGAUUAUACAUUGUCUGUCCGCCCCCCAGUCUAUCUGAAUGAUGUUAUCUUAAGAGUCGUCACGGAAUAUGCCUGGCAGAAAUUCAUCAUCUUUUACGACAACAACUAUGAUAUCCGUGGAAUACAAGAGUUUUUGGAUAGAGUAUCUCAGCAGGGAAUGGAUGUAGCUUUGCAGAAGGUGGAAAACAACAUUAAUAAGAUGAUCACGGGACUCUUUGCUACUAUGCGUAUUGAAGAGCUAAAUCGCUACAGGGACACACUGAGGAGAGCCAUUCUUGUUAUGAGUCCAACCACUGCCAAAUCCUUCAUUACUGAGGUCGUUGAAACUAAUUUGGUCGCCUUUGACUGUCACUGGAUCAUUAUAAAUGAGGAGAUAAAUGACUUGGACGUACAAGACCUAGUCAGAAGGUCAAUUGGAAGGUUAACAAUUAUUCGUCAGACCUUUCCAGUACCCCACAAUGUGAGCCAACGCUGUUACCCUGGUAACCACAGAAUAUCUACUUCACUGUGUGACCCAAAAGACCCAUAUUCUCAAAGCAUGGAGAUCACCAACCUUUACAUCUAUGACACAGUGCUCUUGCUGGCUAAUGCCUUUCACAAAAAGCUUGAAGAUCGAAAGUGGCAUAGCAUGGCGAGCCUCACCUGCAUCAAGAAGAACUCAAAACCUUGGCAAGGAGGUCGAUCUAUGUUGGAAACUGUCAAGAAGGGUGCAGUAAGUGGACUUACAGGAAUUUUGGAAUUUGAUGAUGUUGGUGACAAUCCAAAUAUCCACUUUGAAAUAUUAGGUACCAAUUACGGGGAGGAACUUGGCAGAAGCGCUCGUAAGCUUGGUUCAUGGAAUCCUGUGACUGGACUGAAUGGUUCUUUGACAGAUAGGAAGCUAGAAAACAACAUGCGAGGUGUAGUUCUGCGUGUGGCCACAGUGCUGGAAGAACCAUUUGUAAUGGUAUUAGAAAAUGUGCUGGGAAAGCCAAAGAAAUACCAAGGAUUUUCUAUUGAUGUCCUUGAUGCCUUAUCCAAUUAUUUGGGAUUCAAAUAUGAGAUAUACGUUGCCCCAGAUCACAAAUAUGGAAGUCCUCAAGGGGAUGGCACCUGGAAUGGGUUGAUAGGUGAAUUGCUAUUCAAGAGAGCUGACAUUGGGAUUUCUGCCUUGACCAUCACACCCGACCGAGAGAAUGUAGUAGACUUCACAACUCGCUAUAUGGAUUACUCAGUAGGAGUUCUGUUAAAAAAAGCUGAGAAAACAGUGGACAUGUUUGCCUGCUUAGCACCAUUUGACCUGUCUCUUUGGGCCUGUAUUGCUGGAACUGUUCUGUUGGUAGGAAUUCUUGUCUAUCUGUUGAACUGGCUUAAUCCUCCACGCCUGCAGAUGGGAUCUAUGACUUCUACAACACUUUACAACUCCAUGUGGUUUGUGUAUGGAUCUUUUGUUCAACAAGGAGGUGAGGUUCCCUAUACCACAUUAGCAACAAGAAUGAUGAUGGGAGCAUGGUGGUUGUUCGCCUUAAUUGUUAUUUCUUCUUACACGGCAAACCUAGCGGCCUUCCUGACAGUCUCACGCAUAGAGAGCUCCAUUCUAUCUCUCCAGGACCUUUCAAGACAAACAGAUAUUCCUUAUGGAACGGUAUUGGAUUCUGCUGUUUAUGAUCAUGUUCGGGUGAAAGGUAUGAAUCCAUUUGAGCGGGACAGCAUGUAUUCCCAAAUGUGGCGGAUGAUCAACAAAAGUAAUGGAACAGAAAACAACGUCCAGGAAUCUCUAGAAGGCAUACAUAAGGUGAAACAUGGAAAUUAUGCCUUUGUAUGGGAUGCAGCAGUUCUGGAAUAUGUAGCUAUAAAUGAUCAAGACUGUUCCUUUUACACUGUAUCAAACACCAUUGCAGACAGAGGCUACGGCAUAGCACUGCAACACGGCAGCCCCUAUAGGGAUAUUUUCUCACAAAGGAUACUGGAACUCCAGCAGAAUGGGGACAUGGACCUAUUAAAACAUAAGUGGUGGCCACGCAAUGGACAUUGCGACCUGUACUCAUCUGUGGAACCUAAGCAAAAAGGCAGUGCCCUGGACAUUAAAAGCUUUGCAGGAGUAUUUUGCAUUCUAGCAGCUGGUGUUGUCUUAUCCUGCAUAAUAGCAAUGGUGGAAACAUGGUGGAAUAAGAAGAAAGGCUCCCGAGUACCUUCUAAAGAGGAUGACAAAGAAAUUGACCUGGAACAUCUCCACCGACGUGUGAACAGCUUGUGCACUGAUGAUGAAAGUCCUCAUAAACAGUUUUCUUCCUCAUCAGUGGAUCUGACGCCACUAGACAUUGAUACAUUACCAACAAGACAAACUCUGGAACAAAUUAGUGAUUUCAGAAAUACUCAUAUAACUACUACAACCUUUAUACCGGAGCAGAUACAGACACUUAGUCGCAACUUGUCUACUAAAGCUGCUUCUGGAUUUUCAUUUGGCAAUGUGCCUGAGCACCGAACUGGUCCUUUCAGGCACAGGGCACCCAAUGGUGGAUUUUUUCGAAGUCCAAUUAAAACUAUGUCAUCUAUUCCAUACCAGCCAACUCCUUCUCUAGGGCUCAAUCUUGGUAAUGACCCUGACCGAGGUACCUCCAUAUGAGCUUUAGAAAAUCUCUUCUCCACUGUUGUUUCUUUUUGUUUCUUCUUCUUCUUGGACUCUUUUUUGCCAGGAGCAUCUGUAAAACGAUGGGACUAACAUGGAUGUAUCUUUUUUAUAUAUAUCAAGAUUAUUAAUAACAAUUUUUGAUUCUUCGCUUUAUUCUUUUCAACCCUUUGUCUGUAAAUGUAUUUUAGAACUUGUAAAUGCAUUUCAUUGCCUCAUUUUUAUUUCUUCUCUGUUCCUUCCGGGUAACAUGGUAGUGUAUUUCGGAAUCUCCCUUCAGUUUGAAAGUUGCAUCUGCAAUAAUUCCAAUUCUUUGCAUCGUAGUUGCUGAUUCUCCUAUAUACUCCUUUGCUGCUGCUGUGUCCUGUAAACGUGGACCAAAGGCAAACCCUGCAGUUUAGUGUCAACCCCUAUUCAGGCCACAAGAAAAAAAAAUGCAAUUUUGUAGGACUACAAAAAGCCAUUUCUCUGCCAGUAAAGAAUUACAUUAAAGCAUAUGUUUGCACUGUAGCAGUGCAUAUGUAGAUUAAUCAACUCAUUUUUUUAAUGUACAGUUUACUUUAUGGGUAAAAGGUCUGCACUGAUUCUGCAUAUGUACAUAUGGAAGUGUGUGCAUACAAUAUAUGUCUGUGUGUAUUUACUCUGGCAAAGGUAAAAGUCUGGGUAACGUUGGCAUUAUGCUCAUUAUUUAUAGAUCUGUUGAUAUAUACAUAUAUACUAUCCCUACCCUACUUUUGGUUUAGGGCAAUGGGUGUACAUAUUUUUAAAUAUUUUUAUAUUUUUUAUGUUUCAUUUUUUUUUAUGUUUUUCAUAUUUUUUUCAUGAAACAAAAGUAUAUUUUAUCUGCAACAGUAAAUGGAAUACCCUAGAAACCUCUUUGGCUGCUAUGAGGUCUACUGAUGUUGCCACACCUCAGGUUGGCCCUAUUUCCUUUCAUCAUGGGCAGUGAAUCCUGCACGGGCUCCUCAGUUUUAGUAUACAAGAGAGGAGGCAAAUUGCCUUGAGAGGCACAGCUGGUGUUCUUUGCAGAAAGCAACACUUGCUAACAAAGUUCCAGUCAAUAAUAGCGGUAAUUUGCAAAAAAAAUAACACAUAGACACAUACUAGUUACUGCUUCCCGUCAAGAGUUCCAUGCUCUCCUGCCAUACCGUCCAUACUAACAUGAGUGAUUGGCUGCUAUGGUCUUAAGCCAAAUAUCAAACAUCAUCACUGUGGCUAAGUAGACAAAGACUAGUAGAAGACUAUGGAAUGUUUUGUAUCUGUUCAUGGUUUUACAGGUAUUUCUAGGGUCUUCCACUUUAGACUGAGGGGGUUCAAGGUUUUUAUGGAUCGAUCCAUGGAUCAAAAAAGAUGCUACCUAUGCUACCUAGAUUAGGUGGCAGUGAGGAACUUUUUUUUUAAGGAGAGAAACUUUGCAUAGGGUUUUCCAAAAAGUCUAAAAACAUCUUUAAAUAUAAUAUAAUAUAUAUAUAUAUAUAUAUAUAUAUAUAUAUAUAUAUAUCUGUAAGUAUUGCAUUUCAGUUUAAAAUCUUCAUAGCCCUCAGUUCUAACUAUUCUUAUCAUUAUUAAUGAAAAUGAAUAAAAAAAUCUUCAGUCUACAUAAUGGCAACAUUAUCCAGAUUUACAGCAUUAUAUAUAACAUAGUAACCAUGGACUGUAUACACCAAUGCAGAUAGUUUAAGUAAAUAAAAAAAAAAAAUCAUCAAUCAAACAUUAUAUCUUAUACAAUAGCGCUUUAGAAAAAAAAAGUUAAAUAUUAUAUACAAUGGGAAUAUAUACUUUAGAAAGUUCUUAACUAUUUUAACAAAAAGAGUUUUAUAUCAUGUCGUAUCAUCUCUACUUUGGUAAUGUCUUGACAAUUUACAUGAGAAAUUGCUUUUUUCUAUUAUGCCAGGAAAUGCUUACUAUCUGACCCACUCUUAUUCUAAAGUAGAGAGCUAUCUAUUGAUGAUUUAGCAAGAAGGUAUAUCAUUUGGUAUCUGACAGCAGGGCAUGUCUGCUUUGGGUGCUCUAGUAAAGAAAUAUAUAGUAUAUAUUUUAAGUUAACAUAUAAAACUAAUGGAACUGAAAAUGGGACAAACAAAUUCGGAUGUUUUACCUUUAUAGAGUCCCUUUAUAAUUGUCUCUGAAAAAUACAGUAUUAUAUAAAGCGUUGGUUUGUUUUUUCAGGAACAGCCAUCUAUAGAUCGUAUCUGGUAUUGCAGCUUGGCUCCUCUAAAGUAAACUGAAUGUUAGCUGCAAUACCACAUACAAUCAUCGCACAGGUGUGGCACUGUUUUUUGAAAGAAAGUAGUCAUGUUUCUGAACACCUUUAAAAGGCAUUGUCAAAAAUUGGAAAAUAUGGCUGCAGUGUAGUAUGUCUGCACAUUUGGGUGUGGUAUUACAGCGUAGUGCUAUUAAAGUGCCUAGGGAUGAGCUACAAUUCCAUACACAAUAUGAUGACAGGUGUAAUACUCAGCCAUGUUUUUCUAAUCCUGGACAAACCCUGUAAGGACGAAAUAUGAAACACUGGUAUUGAGUAAAAAUUACUCAACUUCUACACAUUUUGUAGUCAUAGAUUUUAAGUUGGCAAUCUGGAUUAUUAAAGGCUUACACUAAUUUAUAUUGUAAAUCAAAGUUAAAAUGCUAAAUGUUUUUCAUGAAAAAAAAUCUAAUGAUAAAGAAUAUAUAGAUGGACCUCGAACAGGCAAAUCAGAAGGCCUUAUUUAGCUCUAAAAUGACAAUUUCUAUAUAUAAACAAUAGUUGUGUUUUAGCUGUUCCAUGAAUAUGAAUAUUACUGAGUGGCCUUACUUAGAUGCAGCAUACUGGGAUAAUACAAAUAUAAUAUGUUUUGUUUAUGUCAAAUACAUCUCAAUAAAAAAGUGUUAUAACCGUG